CCUCUCGAUCCGAUUGGCCGGCGUCCCUGUCGAUCGAAAGCAUCUCAUCUGUGAUUGGCUGCUUUCCCGAAAACCUCGGAAGUUUGGACUUGAGCGAAACUUCGGCGCUGUCCAGUAGCGACUUCGAGCUGAUUCACGAGUUUUGGGGAUUAAAUGCCCCCCAGAAAGCUGUAAAAGCAGGAGGCCGGAGGAUGUCUGCCGAGGUCGACGUGCUGCUGCAGGAGGCCAAAGAAAGCAUCGAGGCGGCGCAGAACUACCGCAGCGAACUCCAGCAGCGCCUGAAUGGCCUCAACCAGGCGCGCAAGCAGGUCCGCGGCAGCUCGGGUCAGGCCCGCGAGGCCCUGCGGCGCCACUUUGCGGAGCUGCAGGCGGCGGCGACCCGUCUUCUGUCGGAGCGGCUGACCGCCCUGCUGGCGGAGGUGGACGCCAUCGAGGCCGACAGCGUGAAGCCGCUGGACGAGUGCCAGAGCCUCAUCGAGCACGGCGUGGGGCAGGCCGACGAGCUGCUGAGGGAAGGGGAAGCUGCGCUGCGCUGCGGCCUCGGCGAGAAGGAGGACAAACUGGGCAGUUUCACCAAGAAGGCCGUGCGCAUCCAGCUGGACAGCCUGCCGGAGGUGCCGGCGCUGGUGGACGUGCCGUGUGUCUCCGCCCAGCUGGACGACUCUCUGCUGGGUGUCCUGAGGGACCGGGUGUCCCGCCUGGGCUCCGUGGCGUCCCAUCCGCCGGUCCAGAUCGAGGAGCUGCAGGAGAGGCCGGGCAGCGUCCUGGUCCGCUGGUGCAAGGUGGACGAGGACUUUGCGGCGGCGGACUACCGGCUGCAGCACCGGCGCUCCGGCGGGGGGCGGAGCCAGUACGAGGACGCCUACAUCGGUCGGGACUGCGAGUUCCUGGUCCUCCACUUGGACCCGCACGCCGACUACCUGUUCAGGGUCAGCGCCCGCGGGGAGGGCCGCACCGAGUGGAGCCCCUGGAGCGUCCCGCAGACCGGCUACACCACCCUGGCCCCCCACGAGUGGUGUCCGGGGUCAGAGGGCUACAUCCUGAGCAGCAGGAGAAACAUCGCCCUGCGCAGUGACUCCGCCCACACGCGCUGCCCCGUCCUCUAUUCCAACGCACCCACCUACUUCUGUGGCCAGACGCUGACCUUCAAGUACGUGAGAACGCUGUCUCACUGCACGCCGGUCCGAGGCGAGCGCGGACCGUCGCAGGGUGUUCGUGUAACGAUAGGGUCGAAGAGAUACUUUCAGACAGAAGAGGCCGUCUGCAUCUCCACCAACGGAGCCGUGUUUGUCAACGGGAAGGAGAUGACCAACCAGCUGCCGGCCGUGGCGCUGGGCUCCGCCGUGACCUUCGACAUGGAGGUGGUCAACCUUUUCCCCGUCGGCAACGGCGACCCCGGCGAGGGGGGGCACUUCAAGCUGAGGGUCACCAUCGGCUCCGGGAGCCGGGAGGUGGUGUUCGACUGGCUGGUGGAGCAGACGGUGGACUGCCUCUUCUUCGGCUGCUCCUUCGUCCACUCCGGCUGGAAAGUUGUGGUGUUUUAACGGCUUUUUUCGCUUCCGUUGUUUGUCGAGUCCGGAUUUUCCUCCAAGAAGCUUUUCCACGCGCAGCUUUUCACAGUAUUUAUCCGUUAAUUCGCUGGUCUGGAUUUUUGUGCGCAACCCUGGCAGGUUCGGGGAGAAGUCGAGCCGUUUGUUGUGAAAAAGAUUUUUGCGAAAAAUCUUAACUUUACAGUUUAAAACCGUUAAUUUACAAGGAAACAAAUGUGGAUAUUCUUUGUUUUCUGUCUUCCUUAAUGGACAAAUGUUAAAACUAAUAUAAUUCCCGUAUUUGAAACAGCGUUACUCUUUUGUUUGUAGAUUUGACUUCAUGGUCUUGACCCGUCCAUCCUCUCUUCAGACACGUAUUUUCCUUUUCUACUUGUUAUUCUUCAGUUGGACUUUUACUUUGACCCUCGUCUUAGUUCCGGCUUUUGUUUACAGCUCCCGUGUUUUUUAAAAAUAAAUCUUUCCUUCGCUCGUCAUUUUGGUAUCGACCUCGUAGAUGAAAAACAUCCAACUCUGUCACAUUUUUUUUAGUUUGACUCGACCUGCUAAACCUGCUGCUCUUUUUUUCAUUUUAUUUUAAGUGAGUUACAACCUCGUUACUGUGAAAGUCGAACGUCGCCUCCUCGCCUCUUUUCUAAUUUUUUGUUUUCUAACCUUGUUCAUCAAAUGUCUUAAAGGGACAGUUCAUCAUAAAACACAAAGCACUCUGGGUAAUUGGGGGAGGAGUUCUCAGUAAGAGACGAGUACGUGUGCUCGUCUGAGGUUCUUCUCCAUAGUAUUACUACAGUAAUGGAGUACCAGCAUACGGAGUCAAUCAAAGUACAGCUGUUGACGUCGUUUUAGGCUCCUCAAAGGACCAAGAUCAGUUAAAGUGAAUGUCGCUACCUUCUGUCUAUGCGACCACACACAAAAAGGGUCAUUUUAACAAACACCGGCGUCGUUGUGUAGUUAGCGGUUCAUGCUAAAGAAUAUCACACAAUGAACUUGGUUGUAGCUGCAGCGGUGAAACUCCGCUGGCAUCACAUACGCAGGCAACAGGAAGUGAGGCCACACGCUUACCGUGGCAACGGGAAACCGCAACAGUGCACGCCACGAAGACAAGCUCCUGAACCCCCAGAACGAGCGCUUUAAAACGCACACAGUUUCACUAUCUGGAAAGAAUGCGUUAAAAAAUUAAAUUAAAUCUACAGUUUGGAAUCAAUGGUUUGUUGAUGUUGUGAAGCAGCGAUGCAUCAUGGGAUUUAAAUCCCGAAAGAAGCAGCUUCACUUUGCUCGACUUGUUGACGUCUAAUGAUUAAAAUUCUUCAUCCGGUGCAAAUAUUUAGUUAAAGAAGCACAAAAUGUGAUCUACAGUCAGUUUACUUGUAGUAUACUGAGGAUGUGACGUCAGUGAGCGGUAACGCGCCCGUCUUUAAAAUAUAGGAAAACAAUUCUAUAUGUUUGUCUUGUUGUUUUUUGUAAUUGUAGUUACAUAUGACACCUUUUACGUGGAUCUUAAAGUAAAAAUUGACCUUACUGCCUCCUAAAGGAUUGAAUGUCUCUUUUACAGAGAGUUUUUAUAUCCGGACUGAAGAGGUGAACUUCAGGUUUAUUUUUAAAUAUUCCAGCUGUUACGUUGAAUUAUCUGUGCGUUUGACAAUCAUGACCAGUAUUUAGAUGAUAAUCUGUGGAGGAUCUAGGAUCAUUCAGACUCAUCAUGAGAAGGUUUGGAAGCUUCAGAUCAGACAGGAAGUCUUCAGUGUGUCGUUCCUCCUUAGGUCUGCAGCGUGCAUUAUGUUACAAAUAAGAGUUCAAUGUCUGAUUGUGUCAGUGAAAUGCUGAAUAUUAACAACUGUAUGAAGUGAACUUCCUGCUGCAGGAGGCUGAGCCGGCGAGAACAUCGACUCCUGCAGGUCACAUGAUGUAAUCUGUGACAUAAAUAGGCGCAUGUCACCAGAACCGGAAAUUAUUUGGGGGAUUAUUUGCCUUUUAAUUUAGAGACGCAUUUUGGGGCUCAUAUUAGUGAAUGUCUGUAUUUAUUCCUCUGUAUGUGAACUGAGAGGGGGGGGGGUACUCAGAUACUUCAGUUAGUUACUAGUAAGAACUAGUACUACAGUGUAAAACUAACUCCUGCUUUCAAAAGCUGAUUUAAAUAAAAGUAUUACCACAAUUUA